UUUAUAUCCGCUAACAUUCAGAAUGUACUGCUGCUGUCGUUCCAGUUUGUUUAGAGAUCUGCUAAAGCUGCGCGCGGCUCUCCGCUAACAGCAGCGGCUGUUUUCCUGUCAAAGUCACUUCUGUCUGUUCCCCGUUCUCCGCUCUACCAUGGCGUUUUCUGAAAAAUGGACAUAGUGUCCAGUCUCGUAUCGUUGACUGUCACCAAGGUUUUACAGUUUUCUGGACUCGUGGACUACAGGAAUGUCGUGAAGACGAAAAAGAUGGAGGAGAAAGCGUUAGAGGUGUACGAUGUGAUCCGAUCGAUCCGGGACCCGGAGAAGCCCAACACCCUGGAGGAGCUGGACGUGGUGACGGAGAAAUGUGUGGAGGUCCAGGAGCUCGGAGAGGACGAGUACCUGAUCAUCAUCAAGUUUUCCCCCACAGUCCCUCACUGUUCCCUGGCGACUCUGAUCGGUCUGUGCUUACAGGUGAAGCUGCAGAGAUGUUUACCAUUCAAACACAAGUUGGAAAUUUACAUUUCAGAAGGAACCCAUUCCACUGAGGAAGACAUUAACAAACAGAUCAAUGAUAAGGAGCGAGUGGCGGCCGCCAUGGAGAACCCGAACCUCAGAGACAUCGUGGAGCAGUGUGUGACCGAGCCUGACGACUGACGGAGGACUCCUCCACACGUCUGAGCGUCCUGCUGUUCAUUUGUUUCUGUGUGACUGUAUUUUGUGCCUGAGGAUAUUAUUCUGACGAGUCUGAAGGCAGAGUUGUGUCAGCUCAGGACAGCCAGCAGAUGUUUGGAGGAUUUUUUCCAGAAGAAUCUGGGGUGAUAAAAGACGUGUGCUGACUUUUCAAUCAUUCCCUGCUGGACAGAUUUUUGUUUUUAGCAUGAGUUCCCCGUUGACGCUGCUGAGAAAACAGGAAACGACUUCCGUCCGGCUUCAUCUUGUCCUCCUUUCCUCUCCACAUCAGUCGGAGAGAGGAGACCCAUCUCUGUUUUCAGUAGGAAACCUGGAGAAAACUUCCUGUGGUGACUCUUUUUAGAUGUCUGUUUUUUGUAAAUGCACUCAGAGACCUCUCAGAUUUGUCUGGGAUCACUAAAUGAUUUUUAUAGACAAGAUUAUUGUAAAGAAAAAACUGUGAUGUACAAAAGAAUCAGGAAUAAAAAACUCUAGACAAGAA